AUGACUUUCACAAGAUUCCUAUGGCGAAGGCUGCGCAAAACUUCACAUUCUGUAUCGAAACUCUUGAAUGCUGCUUCCAGUUGCAGAUUGAACACUUUAACUGCAAUGUAUUUCUUCUUGCUGUCUGGUUGCUUUUACAGUAUGCUCUCAGGGAAUCAUUUUUUCGGUGCUAUUCCUAAAGAAUUCGGAAGACUCGAUAUGCUUGAAGUGCUUGACUUGAGGGAUAAUAAUUUGAGUGGAACAAUUCCAGCAGAAAUAGGAGACCUGCAAUCACUAAGAAUCUUGUUGAUUCAUAACAAUAACUUUGAGGAGAGUGUUCCUUUGGAAAUUGGGAAGCUUCAUUUAGUCACAGAAUUACAAUUCGACGAAAAUCUCACUUCUGCUUUUGCUUCUGGAACUCUCUGUAUAAGAAAAUUUCGUCAUUGCAUCUGGCAAGGCAGCAUGAAGCCAUUCAAGACGAUAACCUCCAUUAUUGAACCAAUAAAAUGUACACUUUUGCAUUACCUCAGUUUCUUCCAACUGCCAUCUCCUGGAACGGGCUUUAUGGAUGACCGGAAAGACUGCUCUGACAACCUUCCAAGGUUAUCCAGGCCUCACAUCAUCCACACUAUACAGCACCAAGAGGAGAUUGCACGCCGUAAGUUGGCUGAACAAUCCAGUAACCUUGCUGCUGCUUCUGCCAAUAUCAAAGGACCGUUGGGUCCUGUCAUUCAAAUGCCAAGAAGCAGUGGGUCGUUUCGUGCGGUGCCAAAUUCCGAUGGAACACAUCCUACAAACUUACCAUCACCACCUCCACAGCAUGAAUCUCAAGACAAAUUACAUCCUGUGGGACAGUCUGCAAGUGCUGUAAAACAGUCGCCUGCUGUGAAAAAGCCAACUAAUAGCCAAGGCCCCCCUGCUGGAAAAUCGGAAAGUACUUGGAAGUACGUAGUUGGGAUUUGCAUUGGAGUAAUUUUGCUCAUUCUUGCUGCUUCUGUGUUCUUAAUCUGCCGAAUCAGAGCAGCUAGAACAAUUGGCCCUUGGAAGACUGGAUUGAGUGGACAGCUGCAAAAAGCAUUUGUUACAGGGGUUCCAAAACUUAACAGAUUCGAGCUCGAAACAGCAUGCGAGGAUUUUAGCAACAUUAUUACCAGCAGCGAUUCAUAUAUAGUAUACAAGGGAACACUGUCUAGCGGAGUGGAGAUUGCCGUUAUCUCAACUACUAUAAGUUCUCUGGAAGAUUGGUCCAUGCACUCGGAAACAGCCUUCCGGAAGAAGGUUAAUCAUUUCUUUGCUUUCACAAAUUAACCACCUCCGAAAUCCU